AUGACGCAACCAUCGAAGACGGAAGAAUCCUACAAAAAGCAGAUUGCCUUUCUGAACAAUCUCCUCGACGAGGCCAAACAUAUGAUUCAGAAGAACAUCAGGAAAACGCAAUUCGAUAAAGAACUCGCCGAAAAGGACAAGCUGCGAGCGGCUCUCGGACAAGCGCAAAAGGCUGAAAAGGACAUGGAGCGGAAGUACCAGAUACUUCUGGCGAUGAUGCACUCGGACGACAACGUGGAAGAGGAGGCGGACCAGAUGUUGCAGCUGCAGCUGGAGAACGAGCGAUUGACGGAGGAGCUGAAGAAGAAAGAUCUCGAAAUUGAGGAGAAGGAGAAGAUUGUUGCCGCGUUGAAGGAGCAAUUCGAGAAAAAGAAGGAAGCGGAGCAGACGCUCGAACACAAAGUCGCUUUCAAACAACGAUUGCCGCUUAAGAACAGGAGUUGGUUCGCACAGAGACUUUUGAAGGAUCAGGAGAGGCGCAAGGAGCUCAACAAUCCGAAGGUGCUCGGGAAGCGCAGACGGCCGAAGGACCAGGAAGGAGGCGUCAGGAUGCGGCUGUUCGUCGCCCAGAACGCUGAGAUUAAGAAGAGGAUGAAGGUGGACCAAAUGGAGAAGGUCGACGAAGCGGUCAAAGUGGACGGAGACACUUCGAUUGGCACCUCUUCUCUUUGA